ACGGCUGAGGCUGUUGCCAUGUCAACCAUAAACUAAACAGGGAACCUAACUGGUACUAGCUUUGGAAGCUAAUAGCUUAAAAGCUGCUUUUUAUGUUGCAAAAUUAAGCUCAUAUCGACUCAUAAACGAGCUUCGUAGCAAUAAUGGAAGCUGAAUCUCAAGCGUCCGCGAUAAUUCCUCUUGCCUUGCCCAAAGGAGCGGAAAAGUUCUGCGAGCUUUGCCAAAGAGAAGCCCGCUUGCAAUGUAGCAAGUGUCGAGUCACUUUUUACUGCGCUGCAGAGCACCAGCAGGCUGACUGGGUGGGGAUCCACAAGAGAAUUUGUCAGCUGCUUGUUCCCAUCCGCGCCCUGCCACUCCGCAGUCUCCAACAGACCAGUCACACUGAAACACAAAUUAAAAAGGCGGAGCUUAUUGAGAUUUGCAGGUUGGUGGCUCAAAGUAAGCUAUCUGAGGGAAAACAUCAAGAGGCUCUGCCUGCUGCUCAGCUCUGCCUGCGCUGUUCCAUAGACGUUCAUGGCCCUAACACCGUCCAGCUGGUCCCUGCCUACCUGCUGCUGGCUGAAGCCAACAUGGGUUUGGGUAAUCUAGACCUUGUGGCAGAUUUCCUGUCCCAGGCAGAGUGGGCAGUGUUGAAGAGUCCAAAAUGUGGUCUCACAAUCCACCACCAGCUCCACAGGAGCCUGGGCCGCCUCCAUGUGGCGACUGGAGACCUGGAUACUGCGUUUUAUGACUUUGCAAAUGAUAUCUACUUUGCCACUGAGGAGUAUGGUCUGGAUAGCACAGUCACCUCUCGGGGCUACUUUCUCAUGGCUGAUGUGUUUACCAAGCAGGGGAAGAUACCCACUGUUCGUUCCUUGUACUCGGAGGUGGCACGUAUUUGGCACAGUCACCUGACCAGACUUCUCGAGACUCGCAAAGAAAGCAUCCAAAAUCCACCGGUGGACUCCUUUUAUGACAAAGCCGAGCGAGUUGAAGUGGAUGAGAUGUUGAGAACUAUGUUGGAAUUUGAGCAGAAAGACACCAGAAAAGACCCAGCACGGAUUGCAGUGGUUGCCCACUGCCUGGCCAUGUUGUCGUUCCUAGGAGGAGACUUCCUCAAGCAGCCACAUCAGCAGUGACCUGGUUCCACUGGCAGCCAUACAUGCCCAUGCCAUGACAUCACCUACACUGUGUUUGACAGACGAUGUGGUAUGCUUCAGGUCACAGGCUGUUUCCAUCUUUUUCCAUAAUUCUCUCCUCUCAUCAUUCUGGUUUAUCUUGCUUUCAUCUAUCUACUUUUAUAUAUUUUUUAAUUUUUAUUUUCAGAAAAAUCAGAAAAUCAACUUCAGAUAUUUAGAUCCAGAAAACAUGAAAGAACACAGGCCUCACCCAGGCAUGAAACUGUUUGUCAGUAAUUUGUCCAGUUACUGGGGCUCUGGAAAUGGGGGGACUGGGUACUGCAAUUCCAUUAAAACAGUGAAUGCAGUAUUUGGAAUAAGCCCCUCAAUUUAAUGCUGAAAGUCUGCACAUCAGUCACGUCUUCAUUGUUUGCUUUAAAAGUCACUGUGCUAGUGAAUGGAAGCAAAAUUACCAAAAAAAAAAAAAAAGUGUUAUUGACCCGGCUAUAUAAUACUGAAACCCCUAUUAACAAAUUGCAGCUAUUUUUAUGAAUGCUGCUCAAAACGUUCCUAAUUAUUGGGGAUAACAUAACAGCCCAGCAGACCAGCUUACUAAAGGGUAAAGUGGGGUAAAUAAGUCAACUGGGUUGCGGUCCAAUUUCAGUGAUACCAUUAUAUAAGACAGAUUUACU